GAAAAGUUGUGGCUUUCACAGUGACCAAACCCAAGAAGGGUGCUACAUUUUUAUCUAUGUCUUUUACAACGGUCAUUACAAACGAAGGGAGCGGUUUUGAUACAUCGACUGGCAGGUUCACAUGCCCUGUUAGCGGGCUUUACUACUUUUCUUUACACAUCAUCAAACGGGGGAUAUCUAGUGUCAGCUGGGCCGGAUGUUCUAUUUAUCUAAACGGAUCACCUAAAGUAAGAGCUUACACAGAUCCUCAGAACGGGGUCAAUGGUGCUGACAACGGAAGUUACGGAGUUUCGACAUCGGUGUAUUUAUUAUUAAAGGUUGGAGAUGUAGUGACCAUAGAGCAAUGCAACCCUAAAAUGCCAGACACUGUAGAGGAAGCGACAUCAUUCAGUGGUUAUUUUGAAAAACAAGUUUAA